AUAUAUUUAAUAUUUUAGAUAACUGGAGCUGCACAAAUAAUUGUUGGUACCGCAUUAUUAUGGGGUCAUAUAGGUUAUUAUGGAAUUGCACAAAAUAAAUUUUGGGCGCCAUCAACAAUAUUAUUGGCAUUAGGACCAUUUACAUUUAUAUUAUGUUGGAUGGGAUGUCAAGCAACAAAUCAAAAGAAAAGAUGUUUACUAGGAAUGUUCAGUGCAUUUUUGGUACUUGAAAUAUGUAUACAAUUUAUUGUUUGUGGAUGGGCAUUAGCAAUGCGAGAAAAUCUUCCAACAGUUGUUGAAAUCUAUGUUGAUGAUUCAUUUGUGGACUUUUUAGAUAAAUUUUCCAGAACAAAAGUAGAUAAUUUGCAUAUGUGGAAUAGAAUGCAAACACAGCUACAAUGUUGUGGUGUAGAUGGUCCAUUAGAUUAUCGACGUUUAUCAUUGCCAUGGUCAUGUUGUUCACGCCCAGAACAUGCAUUCGAAACAUCCUGUGAUACUCAUUAUAAAAGAGGUUGUCUAGCUGUUCUAUCAGAACAGAUAAAACUUCGUUUAUUAUUGGCUUGUUUUGCUGCUGGUGCAAUUGCAUUAAUUCAGAGCAUUGGUGUAUUCUGUGCAAUACAAUUAACUGUAUUAUUGGGUCGUAGCGAAAAUGGUGAAGAUAUUAAUAAAAUUGCGAAACGUCAAAAUGAAAUGCUGCCAUUAUCAAUACAAGAGAAAGGACGUCGUGAUUUACCACCAUCACCAUUAAGUUUAUCACCAACAGCACCUGGUCAUCGAUUAUUAAAGAUUUCCGUUGUAUAGUGCAAAAAUGUAUUGAGAAAGAAUGAAAUAUAUAUAUAGGUUAACUGUAAUAUGUUAAUAUGAAUUUGUCAGAAACAAUAAAAAUAUAAAAUAAAACUUUUUAUAAAAAAAAAAAUAAAAUAAAAAACUUGCCGUUCUUGCGGACUUCUUUUGAUGUAUAGAAAACGUAAUAUAAAUUAAAAUUUUUAAAUUAAGAGAAAAAAAAAAACCGAAAAAAAAAAUUAUUUUUUGUUUUUUUUUUUUGUUUGUUAAAAAUUAUACUUAAAUAUUGAAAUUGAAUUUGAAAAAUAAAAUCGAAUUUGGAAUGUUUUAUUGA